AUGGCUCCCGAGCGCUCAAAACUGUGUGAAAUAUGCGACCAAAAUAUCAAACCAAAAGGCUGGACUACUCAUCGAAAAGCCUGCAAGAUACAUGCUAUUCGGAAAGAGAAAGCUCUCUCAGUUGAAAACAGAAAUCCUCCUGACCUCACGCAUGGUCCUGACGCAGACUUUGAUUAUGGCAGCACGAUUGAUGUUACUGUAAUUGAACCUGAACCUGUCGACGCACACACAUUCCCAGCCUUUGCACGUGAUGACAUCAAGGUCGAACACCAUCCAAACAGCAGCAUCAAGACUACGGUUCACUCAUUUGAGACAUUCAAGUGUCAUCCAGCUCCCUCUGUGGUCCCACCUGAUAGACAGCCUUGGUAUCCAUUCCAAUCUAGGCUCGAAUUCAAAGUUGCCGAGAUCGCACUCGAGGCUGCGCUAAACAAUGAGCAGACUGAUCAGCUCAUCAAGAUCUGUCAACAAUGCGCCAUCGGGAAGGAUAAGUUUACAUUUUUUAACCAUAAAGAUAUUCAUAACAAGUGGGAAGCAGCAUCUCACCGCAUUACAAAGCAUCAUAAUUUAACCUCGUUCAAAGCGCAGUUCACCAAAGAAGUGAUUUCAGUACCUUACGAUGGCAAAUUGUGGGACUUUGAUGUGCACUACCGGGAUCUUUGGGAGUUCGCUACUGAUCUACUUGGGGACCCCAGCUUAUUUCCACACUUCACAUUUGAUGCACAACACUUGUCUAAGUUCGAUGGCGAAAUGUUCGUCCGCUUUGUAGACGAGCCGUUCACUGUGCAGGACUUCUGGGAUAUCCAAUCGCGACUUCCACCAGGUGGCAAGCCACUUGCUUUCAUUUUGUACGCUGAUAAAAUGAAGCUGUCGUCAUUUGGGACUGCCAAGGGCUAUCCAGUUGUCGCUAGAAUAGCAAAUCUACCUACGGACAUUCGAAACGGACGAGGUAUAGGUAGUGGCUACGUGGUGAAAGAAGAUAAAGACUAUGCGGAAAAGUCUAGUUGGGUCAAAAAUACUGUUUGGCAUACGCUUAGUUUUCCUACUAAUGAUGUAUUACUACAGGAUGAGAUUUUGAAAGAAUAUGGACUGCGCGAUGUUGAUAAUUCAUUAUGGGCUGUACGAUACACUGAUGUCCAUCGAGCUCUGUCACACGACCGUAUGCAUAACGGCGGGCUUUGGUCGCACCAUCUAUGGGUCAAACUACAGAAAUGUGUUAAUUUUAAGCACCCAAACCAGGUUAUGGGCGUAACGUUUGCAGACAGCUCCAUGCAUGAAGACAUCUCAAAAUUAAUACUAUAUGCUACACAUGACAUUCUGACAGAACAAGACUCCCCACUUGGCUACCUGUUACUUCGAUGCAUACACCUUUAUCUCGAAAUCGACAUAUAUGCCGCUUUCGAGGUCCACACCACAAAUACUAUUAAUGAAGGGAGAAGUGCUGUCCAAGCUUUCACAGCGCUUAUGAAGCAAUAUAUCGCGGAAACCGUCGAUGAGAACGACAAGGGCUGGAGCUUUCCGAAAAUGCACAUGAUCAUCCACAUUUUCGACGAUAUAGAGGCUAAAGGUGCUACAAGGAACUACAACGCCAAACCAAAUGAGCAGAUGCAUGGGCCAUUGAAGAACUCGUAUCAACGCCAGACCAACUUCAAGGACUUUGCAGAACAGGUGAGGCGCACUAGUACCAACCUCUAUCAUUCCCUACUGAAUGUGUAUUAUACUUUAUAUUAG